AUGAAACUACCCCAAGUUGGAAGUGUACAAUAUUUGAAUGUUAUAGUUCUUUUAAUUGGCAGAAUGUACUUGGACGGCACAAUAACGAAAGCUGGACUCGUUGGCGUGCUACUAAUACCACAGGCUAAAUGGUCAUUAAGUUGCCAUCCGCAUGUUCAAUUUAUGAAAGAAGAAGAAAGGUGCAUGGAAGAUCUGCAACGAUUGCGUUCGGAAAGCAAUAUGAGCGUAAACUGUCAUGGAAUGUGGGAUGACCUGAAUUGCUGGCCUCCUGCUUCGCUUGGAGAAACUAUCUCUCAACCGUGUCCACAGGUGUUCAAUGCAGAAGGUAAAGUUUAUCGCAACUGCACUUCCAGUGGUUGGACGGACCUGCUCAUUCCACAUGAAGAUGCAUGUGGUUAUACUUUCAAUGAGACGCUUCUCUUUCUCUCCGAGUCACCCGAUUCCCAUUUGUAUUUCUCCUAUGUGAAGAUGAUGUAUACGACCGGAUAUGCGCUCUCGCUCAUAUCUCUAAUUCUUGCAAUCACAAUUCUCUGUCUCUUUAGGAAGUUGCACUGUACCAGGAACCACAUUCACAUCCAGCUGUUCAUCUCCUUCAUCCUGAAAGCAGUCUUCAUCUUCCUCCGGGACUCGCUGCUAUUUACAAACGAAGAGCUGUACCACUGUGACUAUUACCCGGUGGCGUGUAAAGUUGCUCUGAUGUUGUCCAACUACUCCAUCCUGGCCAACUACAACUGGUUGCUGGUGGAGGGUCAUUUCCUUUUCACUUUAGUGAGCUGCUUCCUCUUCUCCCCAAAGAAGCACCUCGCUUGGUACAUCUUGCUCAGCUGGGGCUUGCCAGUGAUUAUUAUUUUCUCCUGGGGAUGUGCCAAGUAUUCAUAUGAGAAUGAGGGCUGCUGGGAAACUAGAAGACAUGAGUGGAUUUGGUGGAUACUUCGAGUGCCAGUUUUGCUGACCAUUUUUAUGAAUCUCCUCUUCUUCUUGGGUAUUUUGAGGAUUCUGUUGAGCAAAUUGAGAAUGCCAGAUGCACAGGGGAAUGAAUUCCGCCGCUACAAGAAAUUCAUGAAAUCCACAUUUUUCCUGGUGGUCCUGUUUGGCCUGCAGUACGUCCUCUUUGUUUUCUUGCCUGUUGAAGUCAGCAGCUUAAUGUUUAAGAUCUGGACCUUUGUCGAGCUGGCUCUGUCAUCCGUGCAGGGUUUUGUGGUCGCUCUUCUCUACGCAUUCAUGAAUGGAGAGGUGCAGCACGAGAUCUGGAGACGGUGGAAGAGGUGGAGGCUAAUCCAACAUCUGCCCGAGCCCAGCCAGAGUAGGUCUCCUCAGACCCAGCUCUCCCUGCUGCCCGGCUCUCCUGUUCACCACACAGCCAGCAGACGCUGCAUGAAUGCAGCACACUUUGAUGCAUUGUAAAUGCCUGUGCAAUGCAAACAGCUUCUCGGGUCACAAUUCAGUUAAAUACUUUUGAAACUAAUACUGCAACCA